AUGUUUCCCGGGGACACCAGGAAGCGAUGGGGGAGAAGCCUUUGGGGCUUUUCUUCUCAGCUCCUUCCUCCCCGUAGGUGAACCCGGAAGUCGGCUACCGGGGCUGCCGCUGCCCCAGGCGGAGAAGGGCGAGGAGGGAGGUUGAGCAGCGGCUGGGAAGGCAGAGCCAGGAGUGCGGGCUUACAGACCAGCAGAGAAGCCAUGACAACUUUGAUCCACCGAGGAAAACGUGUGGAAGUUGGAAGGAACGCAGACAAGCGGGUGGAGGAUGAAGAACAUGCCAUGGUCAACCAGAUUGUGGGCGAAGAGGACUCCGGAGACUCCAAAGACAUCCGCCUCACCCUCAUGGAAGAGAUCUUGCUUUUGGGUCUGAAGGACAAAGAGGGCUACACAUCUUUCUGGAACGACUGCAUUUCCUCGGGACUGCGCGGGGGAAUCCUCAUUGAGCUCGCCAUGCGAGGCAGGAUACAGCUGGAGCCCCAGUCCAUGAGGAAAAAACGGCUGCUGGAUCGAAAAGUCCUCAUGAAAUCAGAUGCCCCGACUGGAGAUGUCCUCCUGGACGAGACGCUCCGCCAUCUGAAGGCCACGGAGACAGCCGAGACGGUGCAGACCUGGAUUGAACUGCUCACAGGUGAAACCUGGAAUCCCUUCAAGCUGCAGUACCAGCUGCGCAACGUCCGCGAGCGGAUUGCCAAGAACCUGGUGGAGAAGGGCAUCUUGACCACCGAGAAGCAGAACUUCCUCCUCUUCGACAUGACCACCCACCCGGUCACCAACACCACGGAGAAGCAGCGGCUGGUGAAGAGGCUGCAGGAGAGCGUCCUGGACAGGUGGGUCAACGACCCCCACCGCAUGGACAGGAGGACUUUGGCGCUGCUGGUCCUGGCCCACGCCUCGGACGUGCUGGAGAACGUCUUCGCCAGCCUGGUGGAUGAGAAGUACGAUGUGGCUAUGAAUAGGUCCAAGGAUCUGAUGGAUAGGGACCCUGAGGUGGAGGCCGCCAAGGCAGCGGGCGCCGAGAUGAUCUGGGCUGUGUUGGCGGCCUUCAAUAAAUCCUAAGCCCUCCCGGCGAGCAAAGUGGUUCCAAGCGGCUUCGGCCCUUUGUCCUCCAGGAGGCUUGGUGGUGUCCUCCCACCUUCCUGGGCCGGAGCUUUUGGCGACCGUGGCUAGCCAGGCCCACCAUCGGCCUCUGAAGCUGGGCCUGGGGAGCUCAUUCUGUUACAGGGACAGCCCUGCCUUCACCGCCAGCCCCACCGUCACACCUUCUUCGAGGGAUCCGGGGAUCAGCCAAGACGUUUGUGCAUUGCUCUUCCUCCCCCUGGUUCAUUUUUUUCUGAGACCCCAACUUAAAACAGAGGAGGGGCUGUGUCUGGAACAAAAAGACAGUUCUUUCUCUCUGGCCCCCUCCUCUUUCCCUUCAAUUCCUCCUCUCUUUUUUUGCCGUAUUGAGGAGGGGGAUUCCUUUUGGCGGGUGUGCUUGUUCCCUUCCCCUUUUUUAAUUUCAGGAUCUCAACCUCCUUUUUUUGUCUUGCCAGUUUUUUUCUUCUUCUCCUUCUCCCCCUCCUCCUCCUCCUCCUCCUUCUUCUUCUUCUGGAAUCCAAGUUCCUUUGCUUUUUUUUUUUCCCUUGUGCUGUCCUUGCAUUUGUUGAAUUACAGCACAAGUUUCUAUGCAAUCUCGGCCAUGUUUGGUUUCUGCUUUUUGAGACUAAAGGUUGCUCAGAGAGUCCUGGCAAGGAGCAGGUUGUCUCCUCCUGGUAUAGCCGUUCAGAUGCACCCCGGUUACAUUGAAGUGCAUCUAAUUUAAGAGUUCAACCCCCAAAUACUUGUGCUGACAGCAACCGAAGCCAGGACACAUUGUACAAAACUGGUUAGGCUUGCAUAGUUCCCAACCAGGUUUUUCCUGGAAGGGGCCGGGAUUAAAACCCAUUCUAUUUUAUUCAACUAUAUUGUGAGACUUUUAAGAGGUCCAUUGGCCUCGGGGGGGGGGGGACAGGACACUUUAGAGCCUCUUUUCAGAACCAUGAGAUCUAGAAACUUGACGCUACGUAAAAUUGUACCUUAAUGCUUGUGGUUCUGCUUGCAACUCUGUGUCCUUUAGUUUAGUGCCUUACCGUGAGUUCACAGUUCACAGAGGUGUAUUUGGGCUGCCUGAGCCACCAGUUAGAGCCGACCCUUUGAACCCAGUUGAUGCCCUCGACGUUCAGGGCCGAGCCUACAGUGUUUCAGGAUCUUGAGAAACAUGGUUUCUGUGGGUUUGUAGUCUCUAGAGGCCACUGCCUUGUUAUUAAACUCUUUCCUUUCCUUUGAAAGUU